GUUGGACAACGCCAUUCUAAUCUACGCCCCCCCGAAUAGGUCGACACAGGGUCUAGUCCGGUGCCACAGGAGACGGCGAGGUGCAACGAGAAGAGGGUUGAUGUCCAUCCGCGCUGCCAUUUCGUGACAGACAUCUCCACCCUCGCGGCAGGAUCACCCUCGUCAUCUCGGACAACUCGACGCGCUUCCCGUCACGCAAUAUCGCGUACACUACCUACCUCCAAUCCUCCAACACCCUACUACUCCUUGAUGAACGACUCGACGACGCUCUUUCAAAAGGUCGCACGACGUACAUGCCAAAUGCCAUGAUCGCACACACCACCGCCGCCACCAACUCCCUCCGCGGUGGAAUUACCCUUGUCCCUGCGUGACCAACCAUUGAUCAUGUUCAAGAAACGUCGCAAGGAUGCCGCCGGCCUUCCCGUGUCGCCUGCAGCGCCCUCACAUCCCGGCCAUGUCGCAUCCCCUUCGCCUUCCGCCGCAACCUCGCCGCACAAUGCGCGAGAUGUCUCGAGUCCCGGCCAAGGCUUCGACUUCGAUCUUCCCUCUCCCUCCUUUGCCCACGACGGCAGACCGCAGACGAGCGACGGCAUUGCGUCGAGAAAGGGAAGCGUCAGUCCUAAGCCACCCGUCUUGCCCGACAUUGUACGGGUCAGCAGUCAGCGGGAGACUGGCCUGAUGAAUUUCGGCGAGCUCAUGGGCAGCUUGGAGGAACCGGGAGCAAUAGUUGGGGAAACACACAUGAAGGUGGGCAAGGAUGCAUCUGUCCAGCCCGGAAGCAGACCCGCCGCGAACCGGAACGUCUCAGCACCCUUGAGGCCAUCUGGUCCUCGACCCGAGCCUUGGAGUAAGCCAACCCCGUCCGAAGCUCUGCAAAUGGAGCCGAGUCUGUUCCCAUUGAAGACCCCACCACCACCGCUCGACACCGACCUGCCCAUGGGUCGCGCAUUCGUCGAUGCGCGGGACAAGCCCUACGGCCGACCUCCGUUCCGGCCUCAACUGCAAACCACAACCAGCUCCCCCGACCUGCGAUCGCAAAUGCGUCCUCAAACUGCCGAUCCUUCUACCACAAGUCCAAUUUCUGCCAGGCCAGCCGACCCGAAUGCGCGAAUAGGUCCAAUGCAUUCUGCAGGCACCCCGUUGGAGCGGCCACCGUCGAGUGCUCCGACUAAUUACAGCGGCACGACUGCGAGAAGCAAAUUCUCGUCCAGGUCAACGGCCGCGGGGUCUGAUGCCUUUGUUCCUACCAUAGGAACCCCCUACACAAACACCUCGUCAUCCUUCCCACUGCCGCAACAUGUCGCUACCCGGCCAAAGAACUUGGGAGGUACCUCUACCUUGGGCGGCGUCGACGUACCCACACACCACUCCUCCUCGUCCCCCGUCGUCAAGGUAGAGAAACGCAAGACGAAACUCCUCAACCCCAUGGCCCUUCUUUCUCGCCGGCGAACUGGUCAAGAUGACGAGGCUCUGGCUGGUGUCCGAGCCGCCCAGGCCCAAGCCCUGCAAAGGCAAAAGAAUGUCGUCACUCGCGGCAUCGACAACCUCCCAGAGGGGUUUGAUCCUCGAAUCCGAGGCAAGGUCGUCCAUGACUUCUCCGCCCCGCGCGAGCCCCGGCGCAUGUUCUCCUAUAACGAUGCUCUGGAUCCGUGGGGUGAGAUGCAGCGGCGGAAUAGAGGAAUGCAGGAGCCCUUCACUCACUCAUCGCCGGACCAGCGACAUGUUUCGGAAAGCAGUCCGGGACGAAGUGUGCACACGCCAAUGUUUAAAGAGCAUCUCUCUGACAACGGGCAGGAUGCUUCAUCUGCUGCCGCCGUUCAGGCCGAGAGGCUUGAGAACAAAGCGUUUCUCAACCGCGCCGGCCAAUUUUCGCCGCCAGGAGCCUUUCCACUUUUCACAAGGAAGAAUCAGGAUGUAGCGCCGCACGGUGCAGACAAUCGUGUCUCGGGAGAUCUCCCACUGCCAGGGCGAAGGGAGGCGGAACGCGACUCGCAUAUGAGUGCAGCAAGCAGCGGCGUCAGUCCUAUCACUCAACGAAGUAGCGCAGUCGCUGUUACGGAUGCCACACGGCAAAGCAUCAGCAGUGCCGUCAGCCCCAUCACCAAUCGCAGCAGUGCUGUGGCUGGGACGGCUACAGACAUCACCGGGGCAAGUUCGAGUCCUGUCUCGCCGGCGACGUCCGAUCGCUAUGGCCUUCCCCUUCCACGAACAGACUCGAGGCCAGCUUCAGAAGUCAGCAAAGGCUCUCUCGAGGGCGGCAGACCGAAAGCACCUGCAGAAGGAAGUAGACUCAGCGGCGCUGAUGGCAAACCUCUCGGCUCAGAGUCCGCGGCGGAAGAGAGCAUCAACUCGAAUUCAUGGCAUGUCACCGCCAUAUCACCCAUAGUGGAAGAACAAACGCCAAAGCUCGGCAAUGGCUUCACUCCUCUGCCAACGCAACCGCCCCCCGUAACUCGACAAAUGUCGGACGAAAGAUCGAUAUCCAAUUCUUCGAAUGUGUCGUCUCCCCUGCCAACCCCCGAUGCACAGACAUCCGAGGACGCUCCGCGACUGGUGCAAAAGCGAUCCGACGCUGUUGGCCACACGAAUCGAAACGUCUCCGGCGCGAAGCCCAAACACCGUGUCUCUAACGCGUCACGGUUCUCGUUCCAAUUCGGUGGCGAGAGCGCGGCAGAAGAGCUCGCUUUGGAGGAGAAGGCGCGCAGGCUCGGCGUCUCGCCACGAACUCCACAAGUCGCCAGCAGUCCUCCGGCAGACGAUCUUGACGAUGACUAUUUUGACGAGGAUGCCAUGAAUGACAUGGACGAGAUGGAAUUUGAGGCCCAGCGAGAAGGUGAGAUCGGAGGUCUCGACGACUUCGCCACCCCAGUUGCCCCAGCUAUCCAAGAGUCCCCGACUUUCCUCAUGGCCAACGCGCGGAAGCAGCUCCAGAUUGAUGACGAGUCGGAUGGUGUCAGCGAAGUAGACUCGGCCGAUGAAACCCCCUACUGGAUGCACGACGACUUCCGAAGCUACACUCACACCCGGGAGCCGUCGGCGGUCGACGGACCGGCGAAUGUCCCCUCCUCUACCAGUCCUGGCAAGCUCAAGCUCAAUACCAACCUCACCCCUGGUGGGAACGCAUUUUACAUGCAUCCCCAGGCGGCCUUCGGCCAUGCUGAGAGUCACGCUCCACCGCAGCGACCUGCCCUGCCGCAUCGUGACAGUGGCAAUAGCGAGCGGAAUCGUGCUGCGUCCGGACUCAGCUUCGGGGCAGGGACACAGUCAUCUACCGUGAGUCCCGGGCCCGUAGGACAUAGCAGCUCAAUCGCGAGCGGCUCGACGGAAGCCACUGGGCUCGGUUUGAGCGGCUUGGGCGGCUUCAAAUUCGUGGAUACGCCCGACGUCAGCCGACCAGUAUCCCUCGAAGCCCAGCAGAAGCUCAAUCACUACGGUCGGAAAGCGAGCCCCGGAACCUUCCCCCAGGAUGCGACGUUUGUGGAUUCCGGCGUUGGCUAUGCGCAGGACCACGACAGCGAUGAUCAUUACGAACUCGACGACAUGUAUUUUGACGACGGCGGGUUCGAAUCGGACAUGAAUGAGCAAAGUCAUCCGGGAGCGACCGUGGACGAGGCGGACUUCGACGAUGAUGGUUUCUUAGACCCGAAUAAUCGGAUGGCCCGCUACAAGCACUCUUAUGCGCAGAAGCCUGUGCGCGGUGGAUUCGAACUUCCUGCUCUGGGUGGCGACGGCCCGUAUCCAUCAUUUGCGCGCCCCAACUCUGCUAGGACCAGAUCACAAGACUCGCAGAUGCUGCUACAGGACCUGCCAUUGCUUGCAACCGUGGACCCGAAACUGAUCCCUCGUCGCAAUCCGUCCGAAGAUGCGAAGAGACUGGGGUUGAGCAGUAGGGCGCCUCCUCUGCCGGCUAUGCCGGGGUUGAGUGCGGAUGGAACGGCCAAGAAAUUACAGGCGUAUCAUGCUACGCUUGCGGAUGCCGCCAACAAGGCUUUUGCCGAGGGCCGAUUCAUGAGGAUGCCGAGUACGUCGACGACGAAGAGCGUGCCUGAAGAUGCAAUGUCCGGUGCGGACAAUCCGACUCGCGGUAUCGAAAAUGAGGACGAGACUGGGUGGAAUGGGACCUAUCCCGUUGCUAGAAGCGAUUCGAAGAAAGCACCGGAAUAUCAACUCCCGCCCAAGCUCAAUUUCGACUUUGGCUUUGGCAACGUCAAUCUCGACGACUCCCUUUUGAUGGACGACGGCUUUGACGGCGAAAGCGACGACGAUAUUGUUGCCGCCGCCAACGCCGAAGCACUCGCGAACGAUGACGACGGCUUCUACGGGCAAGAGUUCGGCUUCUACGCUAACGCAAGACCCAACUCGAGCGAAGUGCAAGCCAUCAACGGCGGCUUCUUCGGCGCAGACGGCGAUGAUGGACUUCAGCGGCAGAAGAGCCUCAAAGAGCCGAACCUGACGCCCAUCACCGAGCGCUCCGAGUUCAGCACGCGCAACAGCUUCGUCGGGCACUUCAGCCCGCUCACGCCCUUCACCCCUGGCGGAGCUAGGUUUUCCGCCUCGCAUUGGGAGCAGAAUGAAGUGACGACGUUCGACCAGCUGCGCAGACUCAAAGCCAGCGCUUUCGGCGGCAGCAAUGCCAGCUUGCACAGUGACGGCAGCGGCCUGCAAAUCAACUACGCCGGCAGCAGUGCGCCCGUCAGCGCGCGCUCGCCCAUCACGCCCUCGGCGUCCUUUGGUGGCGCCCCGCCCAUGGCAUACGGCUACAGCACCGACAGCUCCGGCUCCAGCAAUCCAGGCAGCGCGCACCCGCCUCCAGCAGCCGCUUUCCAGCAUCACAACGAAAGCCCGCACUCUGCUACUAUGCCCUACGUCCCGGAGAUGGAGCCUACGCCCAAACGUGCGCCGGCUGCAGCGGAUUUGCCUACCACCCCGGGCACCACUACCGCCCGCCGCUUCCCCGGCAAAGUGCAGUCGCAUUCGCGCCAGAGCAGUGGGGCGGAUUCGGUGACUUAUGUUAGGGAACAGGCGCCGGAUGGGCAGGGGCCGCCUAGGUGGGUGUUGGAGAAGAGGAGGACGAGCGAGGCUGGGCAGUUGGAGGUGUUUUCUAGGGAAGUAUUGGAGGGAUGGGCGGUUUGAUGGGUUGGGGACGCGACUUGACGCUCGUAUCUGGUGUUUUAGCGUUGGUGUUGGGGCUUUUGGAUAGCUAUACUGUUCGUCGAAUCAUGGAAUAUUCUUAUUGGAACUCAUGCAAUGCGCGUCUCUGCGUAUUUACUACAGAGAGUGGACGGAUACCUUACCUUAUGAAUGCAUGGACAAUCGCCCCCUGUCAAGCUUGUCCCGAUGCGGCAAGUCGCG